AUUGCGGACCUUCCGGUGUACGGCGUGGCCAUUCCGACGGUAGAGGGAAUUCGCAACGUGCUGCAGAUAGUGGGAGCUUCGCGCAAUGGCGGACGGCACGUCCUCUGGCACAGCAUGCGCGAAGAACCAGUCAUCUACAUCAAUGGUCGCCCCUUCGUGCUGCGCGAGGUUGAGAGGCCGUUUACGAACCUCGAGUACACUGGCAUCAACCGGGCGAGAGUGGAGCAGAUGGAGGCUCGGCUGAAGAAGGAUGUGCUCCGGGAGGCGGGCAGGUACUCCAACAAGAUCAUGGUGAGCGAUGAGCUGCCUGACGGCCAGAUGGUGGACCAGUGGGAGCCCGUCGGCCCUGACUCCGUGCAGACGCCUCUCGAGGUGUACGAGGAUCUGCAGAGGCACGGGUACAAUGUGGACUAUGAGCGCGUGCCAGUCACAGACGAGAAGGUGCCUGAGGAGGUCGACUUUGACCUGCUGGUGAGCCUUCAGCCCUCUGCUGAGGAUGUAAUAUCUUGUAAGCGAGAUCUUGUCGUUUCCUUUGUCAUCCAUUUUGUUUCUGCCUCCCUCUCUCUCGUCUUGCCCACCUGUCUCCCCCCAUCCCUGUCGCUCUGCACUUCCUCCUCUCUCCUCCACCCAAUACCUCCCCACACCCUCUCUCUCCUCUCGCCUCCUCCCACGUCCCUCCACUCUCCCCUCCCGGUCCGUUCUCUCUCCGUGCGCGUGGCAGGUGGAGAGUCUGAGUGGGGUGGACGAGGGGACGGCACAGAUCUUCAACUGCCAGAUGGGGCGGGGCCGCACCACCACUGGCACUGUCGUCGCCACCCUCAUCUGCCUCGCUCGCCGCUUCCCCUCCCGUCAGUUGCCAUGCCAUGCCGCAUCCUGUCGCCCUCAGCGGGCGCCAGCAUGCUGGCCAAGGCGGCGUCCACAGCGGGCCAUGAACCAGGCGGGGCUGCCAAGCUCAUGCUGGGCACCACCACCCCAGGCAAGGCGCACGGCGGAGCAGAGGGGGCAGCGGCGGCGGCGGAGGCAGCGGAGGUGCAGGCGGGGGUGGAGCGCGUGCUCCUGGCAGGGCAGUACGCGGUGAUCCGGUCGCUCACGCGCGUGCUGGAGGCGGGCAGUGAGAGCAAGCGACUCACCGACCUCGCCAUCGACCACUGCGCCUCCAUGCAGGUGACGUGCUGCCGUGGCAAGGGGCGAGACACGACUGGCGUGGGCAGAAGGAAAAGGCACGUUUCUCCCACUCAUUCCCUCCCGUUUUUCUCUCUGCGUCUCCAUUUCCAAUGCCACUACUCACUCAUCCCACCCCUGCUCCCACGCUCUCUUCAAAAUCCCCCUCAGAACCUCCGUGAGGCCAUCUUGGGAUACCGCAACCGCAUUCACCGGCACUCGGACGAGAAGAGGCGGCAGGCGGCACUGAACCUGUUUGUGGCGUACCUGGAGCGCUACUACAUGCUCGUCUGCUUCUCCGCCUUCCUGCACUCCCUCACCGCCCCCUCCGCCUCCACCCCCUCCUCCAUCACCACCUCCCAAGCCCUGCCCUCGCCCUCGCUGUCACACAGCAAGGCGGAUGACACCCACUCCGCGCAUGUGAGGGCGCAGGAGCCCCACACGCCAUCCAAGGAGCGGUUCUCGCUGCUGGACGGGUUGGCAGCCACGCAGGCGCUGAGGGACGCCAAGGGCGGCUUCCAGCGCUGGAUGAAGGCACGGCCGGAGCUCUACAGCAUUCUCCGCAGGCUGUUACGGAGAGACCCCAUGGGAGCACUGGGGUAUGCGCAUCCAAAGCAGGCCAGCAUGCCGCGAGGCCUCUCCUUCUCCCUACCUCAUGCGGUCUCUUCCUCACCCACUCGUGAUGCUACCACUGCCGUCGCUGCUCUCCACGCACCUGCUCCCACUGGCGCGGCUUCACUGCCAGCAGUGGCAGCAGCGGGGCAGGGAGAGGGAAUGGAAGUGGAGGGGGCGGAGGUGGAGGCGGGGGACGUGGCAGGGGAGGCGUUUCGCAUGGCGGAGAUGGCGGCUGCCAUUGUGGAGGCGCGCUCAGGGGCCAUGCUCAGCAAGCAGGUGCGCUCAGGGGCCAUGCUCAGCAAGCAGGUGCAUCUGGCUAUGCGUCAGUGUCAACGUUACAUUCGCAGUUCUGCUACUGUCUUUGCUCCAAUCUACUCGUUUCCCUUUUCCUCCAUAAAGGUUGUAAAAUGCACAUGCACUCACCAUUCCCUUCCUUUCCCCCCUCCGCCCCUCUCCUGCCCUUCCCACAUUCACCUGCUUCCCCUGUCCCCUCUUUCCCCCCUUUCCUCACCCUCUCUCUCUCUCUCUCUCUCUCUCUCUCUCUCUCUCUCUCUCUCUCUCUCUCCCUCCCUCCCUCUCCGCCCUUCCCACUCCCUUCACGCCACCCAGACGGUGCUCAAGUCGGACCACUGCCCCGGCUGUCAGAACCUCUCCCUGCCGGAACUGCUGGAGGGCGCGCCCAACUUCCGCCAGGUGCACGGCCUGCCCGUCUUCGGCGUUGCCAACCCCACCAUUGACGGCAUCCGUGCUGUGCUGCGGCGCGUGGCGCACGCGGCAGGCAAGGGGAGCGGGGGCGCGGAGGGCGUGGAGCGGCGGGUGGUGUGGCACAACAUGCGGGAGGAGGCGACGGUGUACGUGAAUGGCAAGCCGUUCGUGCUGCGCGAGGCUGAGAGGCCGUUCAAGAACAUGCUUGAGUACACGGGCAUAGACCGGCAGCGCGUGGAGCGCAUGGAGGCUCGGUUGAAGGGCGAUGUGGAGAGGGAGGCGCAGCGCAGCGGGGGCAUUGUGGUGGUGGACCAUGAGAGCGACGCCGGGGAGCUCUUCCACGCGCUUGAACCCGUGCCCGCUGCCGCUCAUGGCGCGCAUGGUGCCUGUGUGCAGACCCCUUUGGAGGUCUUUCGUAUGUUGCAGCGAGAGGGCUUCAGAGUGGACUACCACCGCCUGCCCACCACGGACGGGCAGCCGCCCAAGAGUCGAGACUUUGACGCCCUGGCCACCACCAUCAGCAGUGCUGGCCCCCACGCUGCCUUCGUCUUCAACUGCCAGGUGCCAUGA